GAGGGAGAGAGCAGCGAUACAAUAGCACCGCACAGGGAAGAGUGCAGCGUGAACGGGAUUUAUAUUACUGGAUAAGAGUGCAUUCAAAAACUGGGACUGGACUGGUGUUCUUGCCUGAGCUCAGCAUGUUGAUUUUACUCCUGCUUCUCGCUCUAUCGAGUCUGGCCCUGGCUCAGACAGACUGCUCCCAGGGAGCCUGUUACCCAGAAACCGGGGACCUGCUCAUCGGAAGGGCCAAUCGGCUGCGAGCGUCCUCCACCUGCGGCCUGGCUGGCCCUGAGGUCUUCUGCACCCCCCUCGGACAGUGGCAGAUGAAGUGCUGCCCGUGUGAUUCCAGAACAGAUUCCAGCCAGAAUUCCCACCGGAUCGAGAACGCCAUCUCUCAGGCAGGGCCCCUCAGGUGGUGGCAGUCGCAGAAAGGUGUGGAAGAUGUCAUCGUGCAGGUGGACCUUGACGGGAAGUUCCAGCUGAGUGAUCUGAUCCUAGACUUCAAGGGCCCCCGUGCUGAGGCGAUGGUGAUCGAGCGCUCCACGGAUUUCGGAAAGACCUGGAAACCGUUGCAAUACAUGGCCUCGGACUGCCAGGCCUCGUUCCCUCACAUCAGCACCUCCACGCCCCAGAGCCUGCAGGACUCCCACUGUCAGACCCUGCCCCCCACGGACAGCCGACUCUACCUGGACCAGAGGGUGCAAUUCAACCUCUUAGAGCCUCUUUCCAGUGUCGAUGUCCCUGAGUGCUACAAGAUCAACUAUGGCGCUGACUUCACUAACCUGCGUGUGCAGUUCACCAAGCUGCCACACCUCCCUCGCCGUGGCAGUUCCCGUGCCCCCGACGCCUUCUACGCCCUGAAGGAGAUCCAAGUUCAGGGCAGCUGCUUCUGCAACGGGCACGCCAACCGUUGCAUCCCCAGUGCCAACGACCUGGACCGCCCAGAGGUGUUCAGUAGAUGUGCCUGCCAGCACAACACGGCCGGACAGAACUGCGAGCGCUGUGCUGAGCUGUACAACGACCAGCCCUGGAGGCCCGCGGAGGAGAGCAACUCAUACCAGUGCAAGAAGUGUGACUGUAACAACCACUCCGAUCGCUGCCACUUCGACCUGGCUGUGUUCCAGGCGAGCGGGGGGGUGAGCGGAGGGGUGUGUGACGACUGCAAGCACCAGACCACCGGACAGCACUGCGAGCGGUGCAGACCACACUACUACCGCAACCCACUGAGAGACAUCAGCCAGCCAGAUGCCUGCCUCAGGUGCGAAUGCAGCUCCGAGGGGUCGGAGGGUCUCUGCGAGCAGUCGGGGGGGAGCUGUAUCUGCAAGGCCCACGUGGAGGGUCCACGCUGCGACCGCUGCAAGGCUGGGUUCUACGGACUGAGCGCUUCGGACCCCCAGGGCUGCAGGGAAUGUCCCUGCAGCCCGAUUGGCUCUCGUGGGGAUCGUGCCUGUGACCCGCAGACCGGUCGGUGUUUCUGUCUGCCCAGCGUCAUCGGUCAGCAGUGUGACAGGUGCGCCCCCGAUCACUGGAACUUCCAGAGCGGCAGCGGGUGCGAGUCGUGCAACUGUGACCCCCGGAACUCCUACAAUCAGAACUGCGACCAGCAGAGCGGUCAGUGCCAGUGCCGUCCUGGCUUCGGGGGCCGGACCUGCUCCAGACCGUCCGAGUGUCCAGACAACACUUACGGAGACCUCCGCACUCGCUGCACACCCUGUGACUGUGACGUCACUGGGACGACGAGCAGGGGUUGCGAUAAGACCACGGGGGAGUGCAUCUGCCGGAUUGGGGUGACGGGGCGCCGCUGUGACCGGUGCCAGCGCGGGCACUGCAACGAGUACCCCGCUUGCAAGCAGUGCCACCCCUGCUUCCAGAGCCUGGACUCAGAGCUGCAGAGAACCUCCAGCCUGCAGUCCACCCUCUCCUCGCAGGCUGCUGCAGUGCUGGGGGGCUUCGGAGCGGAGAACCGGGGGCCCGACAUCGUGGACAUGGAGACCACCCUGGGGCAGAUCCGGAGGGUCCUGGAGAGCCCCCUCGCCAGCGAGAGCGCAGUGAGAGAUGCCAGCGCCCGGCUACAGAGCAUGAGGCAGGCAGUCCGAGCCAUUGACCCAAACCAGGCGCUGCUGGACAGCAGCCCGGCUCUGAACAGAGAGAUCGCGGACCUGGUCUCCAUUCUAGAGCGCCUCUCCAACCAGUACAGCGCCAAGAAAACCCAGCUCGAGAACACUGCCAUCGCGAACCCCGACGGAGCGUACAGCGCUAUCCGCAAGGCGUUCCAGCAGUCCGGAGAGGCAGUGAAGAACGCUGCUGGCUCACAGGGGCUGACGGACCAGGCUGCGAAGACCCGGGAGGAGGCGGAGAGCUUGGAGGGGCGCGUCCAGGAGGACAACAGACUGGCCCUGGAGAGACUGGACAGCCAGCUGGGCACCCGGCCAAACCUAACCCCUACCGCUGGCAAGGUGUGUGGCAGCACCCGCUCCACCCCCUGCACUCCCCGGCAGUGUGACGGAGUCCUGUGCCCCGGUCCCGGAGCGCCCCCGUGUGGUGACACAGGAGACUGCAGAGGAGCCCUGCCCCUGGGAAACAAAGCCUGGGGAGACGCAGAGAAAACCAAGUCUCGACUGGCUGAGCUGAACGCACAGAUCAGACAGACUGCACAGCAGAUUAAGGACACCGAACAGGCAGCCAAUGGGGUGAGGAUUACCACUGACCUGCUGGCCAAUCAGCUGAGCAAGGCCAGGACAGAAGUGGAGAUAGAGGUGCAGGAGACACGAGCGUUCAUCAGCCGAGUGCGGGACUUCCUCUUGGACCCGAAGACAGACCCCGCAGUCAUUCAGCAGGUGAGCGAGCAGGUCCUCAGCAUGAAGCUGCCUGGCAGCCUGGGGGAGGUCAGGGACAAGGUGGACCAGAUGAAAGCCAUCGCAGCCACGUUGCCGGACAUCAGCAACGUCCUGGACAGAACCAGGGCUGAGAUCGACAGCGCCAAGCAGCUGCUGCAGGAGGCAGAGGAAGCCAGGGACCAGGCAGCUGCAAUAGAGGAGAAGGUAGAUGGCGUGGUGGAUGACCUGGGCAGUGCCCAGACACUACUCGGCGAGGCAGGGGUUAAAGUCAAGGACACCGGCCGCAUUGUGGAAGACAUCCAGAGCAAAAUCCCACAGAUCCAGGUAAAGCUGGCGCUAGCUGAGAGCUCCGUGGAGGGAGUGGGUGCCCAGCUCGGAGUGAUCAAACCCCAGAUCGCAGUCCUGAAGGAGCUCCUAGACCAGAACGCCAGGCUGGCGGGACAGAUGGACAGGGUGGCUUCCCAGGCCGACACGGAGGCUACCACUGCCGGCCAGGACCUGGCCGCUCUGGAGCAGCAGUACGCCCGGCUGAAGGAGAAGCUGGGAGACUCGGCUGAGGGAGCCGGAGUCCCGGAGGAGAGACUGGCAACGCUGCAGGAGCAGGCAGGGAGGCUGGUGCAGGCCACAGCAGACAUGCUGAGCAGGAUUGCAGGUAAAGAGAGCUCGCUCCUGCGGGCCACAGAGGAGCUGGAGCAGAAGGUUCUGCAGCUGGAUGGGCUGGAAGAGAAGGUGGCAGAGAUCCGGGCUCACAUCCAGAAAGCAGUGCACUUCCACAGCAACUGCCUGUGAGAGAACAGAGAGGAGCGGAAAACACAGCGCUCUCCAUCUCUCUGUGACUGCAACGCCACAAGACUUUACCUGCCUCUCUAUUCAAAUACUGGAGGUUUUGAAAAAUGUAAUUAAAAAGUGCUGGAAAAAAACAUUACCACUCCUAAAUCAAAGCUGAGUGAGUCCCUACUCUGCUUCAUGUUUGUAUUUAUUGAUUUUCUUUACCUGUACUUACAUUGGCACCCUGUGAAGAUUUUUAACUCAUACAAACUGGAUCGUUUAUUAAGAUCAAUUAAAAGACUAAGCCUGACAGCCCGUUAACACGAAACCAUCUUUAAUUAGCAAGGAGUCCCUCUUCCAUGUCUUACUGCUAUAGAGCAAUUUAACUACUCUGCAUCGUUCUGGGUUGAGAAUAAGAGAUGCCGUGACUCAUACCUUCAAGCACUUCAAAAUGUAAACGCCAACAAUAAAGAAAUGUUUAACAGUG